UUGCGCAUGAGCCGUACAGUCCAGAGUCCAGGUAGACAAAACAAUCCAGAUUUCCCCUUUACAACUGAGCUACAGGAGGAGAAAAGCAAGAAGGCUUCUUCACUACAGAACCCCACCACUCCUUCCUUUGACGCCAUGGAGUACGUAAAUGCCCUGGUGCCAUCAACAUUGUUAAAAUCGGUAUCAAGUGCGGGCUCAGAACUCACUCGGCGGGUCUGGGCUCCAAGCCCCCCAAUCCAGCGGCCCUUCCGGGUCUGUGACCACAAGCGCGACGUCCGCAAGGGGCUGAUGGCAGGGACCUUGAAGGAGCUGCUAGUCAAGGCGAAGGAGACGCUCCUGAUUUCUGGAAUCAUUUCCUUGGUGCUGGAGGAAGACGGCACCCUUGUGGAGACGGAGGAGUUCUUUCAGGUCCUGGACGACAACACGGCCCUGAUGGUGCUACAGAAGGGGCAGAAGUGGAGCCAUGGCAAGGGCAGCUGUCGGUCAUACGCACUCAGCCAGGAGAAGCCCCGGAACAGCCGGGACAUUGCCCGCAUCACUUUCGACGUCUACAAGCUCAACCCCCGCGACCUCUUUGGCAGCCUUAACAUCUCAGCGACUUUCUACGGGCUGUACUCCAUGAGCUGCGACUUCAAGUGCCUGGGACCCAAGAAGGUGCUAAGGGAGAUAUUGCGGGUGACAUCCACCAUCAUGCAAGGCAUUGGUCACAUUCUGCUGGGCACCUCCCACUACAUCCGCCGCCUCCUGGAGGGGGGCGAGAACUGGCACCUCCAUGCCCGAGUGCACAGCUAUGAAGACUGAAAAGCUCUCCUCCUCCCUCUCCUUCAAGCAAGUUCCUUCCCAGCACCUCCUCCUUCCAGUGCCAAAGAAGUCUUAGGCCUAUAGUUUGAUUUGGGACAUUAAUUAAAACGGUAUUUAAAACAAAAA